GCCCAACUGCAAUUUCAUGCCAAGUUCCAUUUUUAUACCCUCCACACGCACAUACUCUCACUCUCACUCUCAUAAGUACUAUUACUAAAAUGAUUUCUCUCUCUGACAAGGUUGCUGAUUCUCCCAUGGAUUUUUCAUUCUCUUUCUCUUCUUCUCCUUUAUCUCAAUACUACCACCUCUUCUUCACCCUCCUAGCAUUCCUAAUUUCAGGCUUAAUAUUCCUCCUCACACGGAAAGCCAAAUCAAAAAAGCCCAAUCUACCGCCAGGCCCACCAGGCUGGCCCAUAGUCGGAAACCUCUUCCAAGUCGUCCGCUCCGGAAAGCCCUUUUUCCAAUACGUGACAGAACUCCAGGCCGAGUAUGGGCCCAUCUUUACACUCAAAAUGGGCACCCGAACCCUCGUCGUUCUAACCGACCCGAAACUAGUCCACAAGGCUCUGAUCGAAAACGGCGCCGUAUUCGCCUCGAGGCCCCGAGAGAACCCGACCCGAAACAUCUUCAGCAGCAACAAGUUCACCGUAAACGCCGCCGUUUUCGGUCCCGAAUGGCGGUCCUUGCGAAGGAACAUGGUCCAGAACAUGCUCAGUUCGACUCGGCUGAAAGAGUUUCGCGGCGUCCGGACCCGAGCCAUGGACCGAUUCAUCGAGCGGCUCCGCGCCGAGGCCAAGGCCGAAGACGGCGUCGUUUGGGUCCUGAAAAACGCGCGUUUUGCCGUGUUCUGUAUCCUUGUCACCAUGUGCUUCGGGAUCGAGAUGGACGAGAAGACCGUUGAGAAGAUGGACCAGCUCAUGAAGAGCAUACUCAUCACGCUCGACCCGAGAAUCGAUGACUUUCUCCCGAUUCUGAGUCCAUUCUUCUCCAAAGAGAGGAAGCAAGCUCUGAAAAUUAGGGCAGAACAAAUCGAUUUCAUCUUCCCCUUCAUUGAGCAGAGAAAGAGGGCUCUAGACAACCCUGGAUCGGACAAUUCAGCGACGUCGUUCUCGUAUCUCGACACACUCUUCGAUCUAAAAGUAGAAGGGAGAGAUUCGCCGCCGUCGAAAGAAGAAUUGGUCACACUCUGCUCCGAGUUUCUCAACGGAGGUACGGACACCACGGGAACCGCCAUAGAAUGGGGGAUCGGACAACUCAUCGCGAACCCAGCGAUUCAAGAUAAGAUCUACGAAGAAAUCAGGUCCGUAAUCGGCCAUGGAAACGAUCGUAAGAUCGACGAGAAAGACGUUGAGAAAAUGCCGUACCUAGAGGCGGUGGUGAAGGAGCUGCUAAGAAAACACCCUCCGACGCCGUUUUCGCUCACACACGCCGUGACGGAGGCGACAACCCUGGCCGGGUACGAUAUCCCGACGGACGUCAACGUGGAUAUCUUCGUGUCUGGGAUUUCGAAUGACCCGAAGAUUUGGUCCGACCCGGAAAAGUUUGACCCGACGCGAUUUUUGGCGGGCGGGGAAGGGGAUGUUGCGAGUGGAGAAAUCAAGAUGAUGCCGUUCGGAGUUGGGAGAAGGAUAUGCCCAGGUUUGAAUAUGGCGACGGUUCAUAUUCAUUUGAUGCUGGCGAGAAUGGUUCAGGAGUUCGAGUGGAGCGCCUACCCGCCCGGGACUGAGUUGGAUUUCACCGGAAAGGUCGAGUUCACCGUCGUCAUGAAGAACACUCUCAGAGCCGUUAUUAAGCGCAGAGUUUAGCCUUAAAAACAAUAAUAAUAAUGAUGAUGAUAAUUUAAUUAAUAAUAAUUUUAUUGUGAUAAUAAUUUACACUUCUAUAGACAAAGGAUGAUAUUUAUCUAGUCACAGUUAUGCAUGUUUUAUAUUAUAUAUUUCAAUCUUUAUUUCAGUAAGAUAUUUUGUGCUUUCUCUUUGUUAUUAUAAAAAUUAGACUAUGAAUGGAUUGUAAUGGGUAUUGUGAGUUUUUUA